AUGGGCUAUUUGUCCGCUGACCUCUUCCAACCUCACCUCCCCCUGCUCCUCCAACAGACUGUCCGCAGGAAAAUGAGCGUAUUCAUCAGGGUCUCCCGAGAGAAACAGGCCAUUGCUGUGACGAAGGAGUCUCUGCUGCAGCAGACAGACUGUAAGGUGUUUAUAAUGGGAAGUAGUUCUGGCAAAGUGUUACCUGAGCCCUCCAAAAAUGGAUGUUUUUCCCUUAUCGACUCUGUUGUGAACUUCAAGAAACAAGAGAAUAACGGGGAAAAGUGUAAAGAGAAACAACACGCUUGGCUUUGGAGGAGGAGAAGUGACAGAAGAGCUUCCCAAAAAGGAAUACCAGAAGGAGUCAAAGAAUUGGUUCAUCUGGAGGAGAGGAUGAAGAAUCCUAAUGCAAAGUUUCGUGCAAAGUUUGAUCCACGCGUCACGGCGAGGUAUGACAUCAAGGCUCUGAUUGGUUGCGGUAGCUUCAGCCGCGUGGUUCGUGCUGAGCACCGGCGCUCGCGCCAACCCUUCGCCAUUAAACUUCUGGAGGUCAAAGGUCGUGAGGGUCACGAGGCCUGUCAGGCAGAGCUCGGUGUCCUGCGAAGGGUGAACCACAGCAAUGUCAUCCGCCUGGCUGAGGUGUUCGAAACGCCACAUCGCGUCUAUCUCGUUCUGGAGCUGGCCACUGGAGGAGAGCUCUUGGAGCGCAUGGUCGCCCGAGGAACCUUCAGAGAACGGGACGCCACCAAGGCCUUAAAGAUGGUGGCCAGCGGGCUGUGCUAUCUCCAUGCUCUGGGUGUCAUCCACAGGGACCUCAAACCCGAAAACCUGCUGUACUACCACCCGGGACAGGACUCGCGCUUGAUCAUAACAGACUUUGGGCUCGCCUGUUGGGACUCGUCCUUUAGCACUGUAGACUUUGAGAAGAGCCAUCAGGGUAAAGAUUGGGCUGUGAGGACGCUCUGCGGCACACCGGAGUACCUGGCCCCUGAGAUGCUGGCUCGGAGACCCUGUAGUAGCGCUGUGGAUAUGUGGGCGCUGGGCGUCAUCACUUACAUCGUGCUGAGCGGCUCACUGCCCUUCGACCAGAGCAGCCGACCGCGGCUCUUCAGGGCCAUUCUCAGGGGCAGCUACAGUUUCCAUGGUGAUCCAUGGAAAUCAGUAUCUACAUUGGCCAAAAGCUUCAUCGAUGGCCUUCUGACCCUUGAGCCUGAGCAUCGAAUGACCGCUGAGGAAGCUCUUAAGCAUCCGUGGCUGGUCAGCAUGGCAGCCUGUUCAUCUAACAAGAACCUUCACCGCUCCAUUUCCCGAAACCUCCAGCGGCGGGCUUCACGGGCCUCUUCUCGCUGCCCCAGCUCGGGCUCUACUCCUGGGUCACGGAUCUCGAUGAGGUCUGGGUCACGGCCAGUUUCAGGGCCACGGUUAGGGGUCAGCAACAAAUCACAGUGCCUGAAGAUCGCUACUUAAAGGGGACACAUCAUGAAAAUCUGACUUUUCCCAUGUUUAAGUGCUAUAAUCGGGUCCCCGGUGCAUCUACCAACCCAGAAAAUGUGAAAAAGGACAACCCAGUAACUUUGUUUUGGCAAGCCUUUCUUUGCAAGCAUGUGAAAAAACGAGCAAAAACUUGUGAUGUAGGAAGGGGAUCUUAUUAUAAUAUUAUCGUCCCUUUAUCUGCACGUUUCCACCCACGGUGCCGCCAUUUUGUUUUCGCAAGUGAAAACGGUGUACCAGUUCUAACUCCAUGGCAAAAUUUUGAGCAAAGCAUGCUAACUGUUCUGUCGUUGGCUGCACAGACGAGCUCAGAACACUAUUAGAGUCUCGUUAGCAUGAACAGCCUGCAAGAUGACCCUGGCAAGCUCGAUUGCUAAAAAAGGAGCGUUUCUGUCCAAGCAAAAAGAUUAGACCAUACAUAGCAUUUGAUAGCAAUCAUAACCGUUAGUCUGGUGUAUGGCUCUGUUUGGCAAACAGGUACUCUAUGUAAUAGUGGGCGCCCAUACGGGUUUUGCACAAAAGAUUAACAUGAUGUCACAUUCGAGUCGAUGAGUUGAAUCAACUCCACAGCAACUACAUAAAUUUAUCCACUAACCAUUCAGAAACGUCCGGUUUCAUUCUAAAAGUUGUAACUUCUUCCUGAGUCUCUCCAUCAGUGUCCGACUCUGGUUUGAACAAUGUUGAACAAAGGCUGAACACCGUUACUGACAAUCAACAUUUUGGCUCCAGCUUUGCUGUUGUUGUUGAGCAACCGAAGUGCGAGCUGUUAAAGCUCCGCCCUCUUCUGUAUAGGGGGCUGGGAGCAGCAGCUCAUUUGCAUUUAAAGGGACACGCACAAAAACAGCGUGUUUUUGCUCACACCCAAAUAGGGGCAAAUUUGACAAGUUAUAAUAAAUGAUCUGUGGGGUAUUUUGAGCUGAAGCUUCACAGACACAUUCUGGGGUAACCAGAGGCAUUAUAGGUCCCCUUUAAAGGGUCGAGGUUUGGCUGGUUACCAUGGACCAAGUGUUUUUUUUGUUGUUGGUGUUGUUGUUGUUGGUGGUGUUGUUUUUCCACUACAAGAUUUCUAGGUGAGAGGCCCAAUACUCAUUCCCCAUGUGAAAGAGAACAAAACAGCCUGUUUAAUUCUGAACAUUAUAAGUGGACCUCAAGGAACAAAAUUAAAGGAUGAAAAGUGAAUAUGAUUCCUUAAAACUUGUAGAUAAACUUUAAUGUAGAAAUACAGACCUUGUUUUUUGAAAGGUAAAUCAUGUAUCCAUCCAUACUAAUAUAUUUAUGAUGCAUUUGUGCUAAUAGUAUUCAUGUUUUUCAAGAUCUUCAGCAUAUUUGUGAUCUCCUAUUCAUGUUGAACAGCAAAGGAGUUUAAAGUCCCCUCUAUAAAAAGAAAACCACAGAUCAGCACCUCUGCUCGCUUCUGACACAUUCAUUCCUUCAUUAAUCAGAUGAGGAUGAACUGAUUAUAUAAACUCACCAUUCUAUUUUAAAAUGUACAUUUUUCACCCCUGAAGGACCAUGCACCAGACUAAAAUGCAAAUGGAAAGGGAGUGUAACCUCUAAUGGUCAGAUCUGCAGAUUUUCUGCCCUGCUUUUCUUCAUAUUACUGUUUUUACUUGGUGAAGAGCCCCUCUAGAUUGAUUGUGUGAAGAAAUUAAGACUUUUAUUCAGCAAGGAUGCAUUAAAUUUAUCAAAAGUGGCAGUAAAGAGGUUACUCUUUCUCUGUAACUCGACUUGCAUAAGGCGGUUUACCAGAAGCUAGUUAUUAUAGUUUAUAAAGUUUUAAAUAUGGAUAUUUUGCUUACAAAAACCCAUCGCUUCACUUCAGAAGGCCUUUAUUAACCCCCUGGAGCCAUGUGGAUUACUUUUAUGAUGGAUGAAUGCACUUUUUGGGGCUUCAAAAUCUCACGCCCCCUUUACUACCAUUAUAAAGCUUGGAAGAGCCAGGAUAUUUUUUAAUAUAACUCCAAUUGUGUUCGUCUGAAAGAAGAUAGUCAUAUACACCUAGAAUGGCUUGAGGGUGGGUAAAUCAUGGGAUAAUUCUCAUAUUUGUGAACUACUGCUUUAAGUCAUGCUAAAAACAAGACAAGCAUAUAGGCUGCUGACAUUUUGACUUGAUCUUUUGACAUAUUUUUCCUUGCCACAUCACUGAUGUGAUUGUUUUCUGUGAAACUCUGGUAAUAUUAAACAUCCUUUUUCAGAGCUAUGACGUAGCUUUAUGGUGUGGUAAGGUAAUGCCCUUGUGGAGAAAAAGAAAAAAAUAGGUAGUGAGUGCCCUCUGUUGGACAAUUAUUCAGUUGCAUUGAUUUUUUGUUUGUUUUUUACAUAAGUUUUUACAUUACAUAAGUAGGAAAAUUAUCUAGUGUUAUGUUUCUUCAUACGAAUUUAUGCAUCAUAUGUGGUAAAAUGCUGUUAGGGCCACAAUUCUCUUAUGCUUAUUAUAUACUGAGAAGCAAUAGAUACAUUUUAAUUUAGAUGUAAUCAUCAUUACUUUUGUUUUCUUCUACCCAUUAAAUGUGGAUUUUAAUUAAUUUUGGGUCUGUUUUCUUUUGGUCUGGUGGGAAAUAUUUAAACAUCUUCAAUAUACAGCUUCAUGUAAAGCUGUUUUGUGCAGUGGGCCGUUCUGCUCUCAGCUCAAUAUCUGUUAAUGACGUAUGUGAUGACUUUACUGAAAAAUCCUCAACAUGAAACAGAAUUAGCUAUAAAAUAACCAUGAAGACCUUGGCUGCUUCUGAGUUCUUUAGUAUGGAUGAACGUAGGAAUUCAGUCUGUUAAGAAUUAUGUUGUAAAA